AAAAAAGGAAAAAAUGGCAAUUGAAAAUAAUGAAAAUUAUGUUCAUUUUAUUAACGAAUAUAAAAAUUUGAGAGAGCUGUGGGAUAUAUGUAAGUAGUGAAAAAUAUAAAAAUAAAAAUUUUAGAAAAAAAGCCUACGAGCAAUUAAAAAAUGAAUACAAUAAAAUUGAUAAAAAUGCUACAGUGAAUACGGUAAAAAACAAAAUCAAAAACAUGCGCACUGAUUACAGUCGCGAGUUAAAAAAAAAAAUUCAAAGUGAAAAAGUGGUGCUGGCCUUGAUGACCUGUAUGAACCGAAUUUAUGGUAUUUUGAAGCCCUUGAUUUUUUAAGAGAUUUAGAGAUGCCCGAGCCUGGAAUCAGUACAGUAAUAAAUUCAGACGAUGACAAUGCUUCAAGGAGUCCUAUGCCAAGUACGAAGAAACCUAGAAGCUCACAAAAUUGUGAGAGGAACGAGCUAUUACGAAAAGCUACCAGGCAUAUUGAAAAUUUGGCACAAAAAGAAGAAAGCGACGAAGCCGAUACUUACGCAAAGGCCUGGGCGUGCUCAUAUCGCAAAUUAUUAGUGGAACAAAAGCUAUUUGCGAAAAAGGCUUGCGACGAAAUUUUUAUUUUGGGACAGCUGGAGAAAUUGACAUUGGAUUCUGUGCAGACCCAAACGUCCACAUACCUACCUCGACAUGCUAUUUAUAAGCCAAUAUCGCAAACAAUAUCAAUGAGCGAUGUUUCAAACAGUGCGUCUGUUUCUCAAUCGACUCCAAUCCAGUUCAGCUCAUCGUCUUCUCCACAAAUCAUUCAUGUAGGAGAUGCUGAUGAAGCAAAUAGAGUGCAGUAUUCGUCAUUUCAAGACCUACUCUCAGUUGUAGACUUCAAUUGAAUUAAUAAAAUUUAAUUACUUUUUUAUUCCUUUUAUUUUUUCAGUAUUUAAGGGGUUAUACGCAGUUAUGAAGCAAAUAAAAGACGGGUUGUCAAGGAUUUAUCCUGAAGAAACUUCAGAAUAUUUUAAUUUGAAAAUUUUUGGCGGUUAUAAAAGCAUCCUUCAAGAACGUAAAAAAAUUUUUUAUUUAUGAAAAUGUUGAUUAUAGAGCGCGCUGCAGGCCAUUUCUGGAACCUCCUUUAAAAAAAGACGAUUUACGGUGUACAUCGUAACUCAGGAUUGGAUUAUCUGAAAUCAAAAAACCAAACAAAUUUUGUUAAUAUAUUAGAUUAUCUAGUAAUUAAUCGUUCGGCUAAUCAAAAUAGUGGAUUUUCAAAAAAUGGCAGCUUUUAAAAGAAAUUAUUUCGAUUUUUACGUUAAAAUUUGGCCGUAAAUUGAUUAAAAAAUGGAAAAUAAGUAUCAGAUUUACAAAAGGAACGAUUAAUUACUAGAAAAUGUAUCUUUAAAGAUUGAGUUAAAACGGUUGACCGAUCAAACAAGCCGUUUUCGAGAUAUCGUGUACACCGACUUGAAAAAUGCCGUUUUGAAAAAAACACGUUUAAAGUUUCAAUACCUACCUUAAAACGUGCCGAGGCAUCUCUACAUAUUUAGGUAUAACUCCGAAAGUAUUGCUUAGAUCUACUUCAAAUUUCGUGCGUAUACUUUUGAAUAUAUGUACAUUACAAAAAUUCAAUAAAAAAAAAUCUA